AUGUCAGGGCAGUUAGCUCAAUGGAAGAGCUCUCCAGACCGAAUCAUUCAAAUGACUUCAACAGGAGCACCUCAUUCUUCCUCAGCAGAUGACGACAUGAAUGAAACAAACGUUCCCGUUGAUACGUUAGAAAUUCAGGCUAAUACCACAAACAUCGUCGAGGGAAGCCCACAGUCGAAUCCAAAUCCUGUCAAAUUUAUGAACACCAGCGACAUAUUCCAGAAACCAUUAAGAUUACUCGAUGAGAGUCCGCAAUAUCAUGAGAGUCCACAACAAGAUGAAGAGUUGAAUAUUGAAGUAGGAGAUAAUGAUCGACCGAAUAUUGACAUAUUUCACAACGAAAGAACUCCCGAUCUUGACCGAAUUGCUAACUUUUUUAAGAAUAAUCGGACUCCUGGUAAAGAAAACCUUUUGACCAAAUACCAAAGCUCUGAUCUAGAAGAGACACCUUUGAUAUCAAGAAAAAAUUUGACUUUCCAGAAUCCAGCUAAUCUAUCAGAAUGUCAAACCUUCAAAAGUCCAAGGUCAACUACCGAGGUUUGUUUUCGUAGAGAACAGAAUGAAGAAGAGGAUAAUACAUCGUUAGAAGUUACCGAGGCCGAUGCUACUUUUGUUCAGAUGGCUGAAAUUUCUGCUAAUAGUGAUGACUAUCCACAUGAAGAAAUUGUUACCCACAAAAAUGUGAAGGAUGUGCUAAGUGGAAGCGGAGGAGCAGAAGACAGAGUAGUUCAAAAAACAGAAAUUAUGACAUCAGCAGGAUUUUCUAAUUUAAUAAGUUCUUAUAAAAAGAACGGAGUUUCUGAGGAUGGCUGGACCACAAGAAAUGUAAAGGAUAUUUUCAACAAUAGUGAAGAUGAAUCAAAUGAAGAGACCGCAAUGAGAAGCAAAACAGGGAACUACCCAACGAAUAAUUUAAGAAAACUUGAAAACCGAAUAGUACAAAGCAAUGAAUCAGAAGACAUUAAUGAAAUGAACAAGCAUCUCAACAUUUUAAGUCGAGAAAACGAUGUGGAUGACUCAUGCAUCAAUAUUCGAACAAGCGAUGCAUCUGGCACGCCUUCACACAACAACAUAGAGGAAGAAAUUCCCUCUAUUGAUAGUCUAAGCAAUGAGACACCAUCCAAGAGGUGGGUAUUCAGAUAUUCGAAAGAAAAAAUGGAAAACAAUAGUAGUAGAUCGACCCAAAUAGUCAAUAAUCCAAGAACACAAGAAAUGCCUUCGGAUAGUCCCUCGAUUGAUACACAACCUUUACCAAAAAGUUACAACAUUGUGGCGAAUAACGAAUUAGAGACGCAGAUAAUCGUUUCAUCACUUUCACAAGGUAUAUCUGCCCAGAAAGGGCCUGAAUUUCAAUCUACUGGUCAAACAGAAGAAAUCAAAACCCAAAUAAUCAAUUCUCCUGAGCACAAUACUCUGGAUGCGACCUUGGAAACCCCUCUCAAUGUUUCUCGAAUCAAUUUUGAGCCUAUUUUAGAAGUUCCUGAGACUAGCUCACCAUCUAAGAAUACAAUCUUAAGGCCCUCGAACUCUUCACCCAUACUGAAGGGAAAAAAUGCAUUUAAUGUGGAUGAUAAAGAUGUAGGGGUAGAACAUACCUUCUCGAACAUUAUGCAACAUUCUUCAAAUGCAGGUAUUGGAGAUGAUGUUAGCAUAGCCUGUUCAUCAGAUUUUAACGAACAAAAGGAAAUAACGGAUAGAAUAUAUCUGCAACUCUCAGGGAAACAGAAAUCUGAUUUAGAAAGCGAUGAAACAGAAUGCAUUUCCCAAAACAAACUUGACACAAAAAGAGAAGGUACUAUUAUGAGCGAGGUUGAACUAACCCAAGAGCUACCUGAAGUCGAGGAGCAACAUGAGCUCGAUACUUCUCAAAAAAAAUUGGUAAACGAGGAUGCAACUUUGAUAGAGAGAAAAAAAGACAAGGAAGAUUCACUUAAAGUUCACCCUGAUAACGCGGAAUACAGUCCAAAUGAACAAGACAACACAGAGUUUCGGGAUGAACCUUUGACCAAACAUGAAGAAAAAAGUAAAAAUCUAAAUGUUCAGAUAAAUCUUAAACAAUUGUUCUCAAAUGAGUCGCAGGAGAUUAUUCAAAAUCGUAGAACGAUAAAGCGACGUCAAAAAGAUACAAUAGAAAUUGAUGAAGAGGAAGAGAAUAGAAGUACCAAGACAUCACCUACAAAACGGGUCAAAAGAAGCAUUGAUUUUGAGGGCUCUCCUGUCAAACGAGAAGGAUCCAGUGGUAUUGACAUACAAACAAGGGUCGAAGGAUCUGUAAAGGACUCUAAAGAACAGUCCUGUUUGUUUCCUGAUAAUAUUAAAACGGAAGAUAAUAAUUUCUUGUCGAAAGACGACAUCAUUUUUGGAAAUUCUGUGUGGUGUCAGUAUUCAUGGAAUUACAAAUUUUAUCCUGGUAUUUUAUUGGAAGUUGAUACUAAUCAAGAUGGUUGUUGGAUUUAUUUUGAAACAGGAAGAUCACUGACCAAAGAGGAGGACAUAUAUUAUUUGGAUAUCAGAGUAGGGGAUACGGUUACUUCUGAUGGAAAUGAGUAUGUAGUGGUUGGCUUGGAAUGCCGUACCCAUGAUCUCAAUAUUAUAAGGUGUAUUCGAGGGUAUGACACCGUUCAUUUGAGAAAAAAAAAUUUAAGUGGAUCGUUGGGAAAAAGGACCAUAAUUAAAGCACUGAGCUCCAUUAGUCUUGACCUAACCGAAUGGACCAGAAGAGCAAAAAUCAUAUUAGAAGAUAACGAAAGAACUAAGGGCAACGCCUAUAGGUACCUGAGACAUCCCAUUAGAGGAAGGAAAUCGACGGCCAACGUUUUAUCGCCAAAAAAGCUCGCUGAUGAUGAAAAAGGGACGAGGGCACUUACUGGCAUGCACAAUAAUGAACUAGAAUCAAGCUCUGAGAACAAAGAAACUGUUAAAAAGAACGAUUUAUUAUCAGAACCCAUACGAGUUCCAAGCAUACUUUUUUCUUCUGGAGAUAGCAGAAAAGGGAAUGUAUUUGAUAAAUGCAUUUUUGUUUUAACAAGCUUAUUUGAAAAUAGAGAUGAACUACGUCAUAUAAUCGAAUCGCAAGGUGGUACUGUGAUUGAAACUGGAUUUUCCACUUUAUUUGAUUUCACUCAUCCUCCAGCUCAAGCUCUAGUUAAUAAAUUUAGCUCAAACAAUGUUCAAGAAUCGACCCUGAAGCUAGCCUGGAAACCUCACUCCUCAUUUACUGAUUAUAGGUUCGCUUGUUUAAUCACAAAGCGGCAUUUAAGGAGCUUAAAAUACUUGGAAACGUUGGCAUUAGGUUGGCCUACACUACACUGGAAAUUUAUAAGUGCAUGUAUUGAAAAGAAAAGAAUAAUACCACACUUGAUAUACCAAUACUUAUUACCUUCAGGCGAAAGUUUCCGGUUAUCGUUAGAUUUCCAUUCAAAGGGAGGAAUCAUCAAAUCAAACAAUAUUUUUUCAUUCUAUACAAAACUAUUACAGGGAUCUAUCUUAAAAGAUCAGAUACAUGGAACGGAAAAAUUGCUAGCUGAAUAUAUUGUUAUUGUAUGGGGCAGAUCUGAAUUAGACAGUUUUGUUAAAUUCGCUUUCGCUUGUUUCAAUGCAGGAAGAAUGUUCACAAUUGAUUUACCCAAUAUAGAUGUGGAGAAUACAGGGCAAUUGCUAAAUUGUUUAAGCUUUAUAGUACUCAAGGUUGGCUCAGAAUUAUCGGAUCAGAAAUUAAAGUUUCUCAUAUAUGUUAACGAAAAUAAUGGAAAACCACAGAUGAGACUUCUCGAAAAAUUGAGAGGUCAAAUAGCUGCGAAAUUUAAAAACCUGAAGUACAUAUUUCACACAGAAUCAAAAGAAUGGUUAAUCCAGACAAUAAUUAACGAGGAAACUGGUUUUCACGACUAUACUGGAGAUAAUAAUACAUGUGACGCUGUUCCUGAGGUUAUAUGA